CUUGCAAACGGGCGCUAGGCGAGAUUUAAUGCGAAUUUUGGUGAAAUUAUGGCAUCGAAAACCCUGAAAACGUGUGCCAUUUCUGUGUUUAAUCAGUUGUCGUCUGGCAGCAGCUUCCGAGUUCUCGAUUAGUGAAGUCAGAGUACCGGACAAUGCUAACCAGUUAGCCCGGGGUUGUUGCUAACUGGCUAAGGAAGUUAGCCGGUUAGCUCUCCAGAGGCUGAUUUCUUGUUUGGCGCAUUUCAAGCCUGUUCGCCGACCUCUGUAACUGUUUUACCGGUACUUAAACGGAAACAUUAGAUUGUAGCUGUCAAAUAGGAAAUACUUAAACUUCAUUAAUCCUCUUUUUAAAAUGGAGUGUUUCGCCUAAGCGGCUGUUUUACUGCAAACGCUGCUCUUUUGUUUUGACAAAGGAAGAGGACCCGAGUUUAUUUUCUUUCUUUCUUUUUUUUUUUAAACAUCAGUUCACACCUGGUGGUGGGAUAGUUUCUUUUUUUUUUGGAAAUGGCUCCACAGAAGCAUAGCUCCUCAGGUGGAAACCACCUUGUGGGCUUUGGUUCUGGUGGAAAAGCCAACGGGUCAUGCCACCAGUCGUCCUCCUCCUCCUCCUCCUCCUCCUCUACGAUGGCUGUAGCCAAGAAGCCCAACAUGCAACUCAUUCAAGCCGACCACGAGUUGUUCCUGCAGGCCUUCGAGAAACCAACCCAAAUCUACAGGUUCCUCCGCACCAGGAACUUGAUCGCUCCUAUAUUCUUGCACAGGACACUCACCUAUAUGUCCCACAGAAACUCAAGGAAUAACGUCAAAAGGAAAAGCUCCAAGGUUGACAAUCUGCUGUUCAAAGUGGAGAAGAUGAGAGGCGAACAGGAGACUCACAGCUUGGCCUCUAAUCUGCAGCUCACCUUUACUGGCUUCUUUCAUAAAGCUGGGAAGUCAUCUCAGGACAGUGAGAAUGAGCAGAACUCUGUGUCUCUGGAGGUGUUGCUGGUCAAAGUCUGUCACAAGAAGAGGAAGGAUGUGAGCUGCCCGGUGAAGCAGGUCCCCACGGGGAAGAAGCAGGUUCCUCUGAAUCCAGACACAAGCGCUGGAGUCUCAGCCAAGCCGGGCUCCUUCCCCUCCCUGCUGGUUCCCAGCAGCGAGUUUGAACCCAGCAACUCUCACAUGGUGAAGUCCUACUCGCUGCUCUUCAGAGUAUCGAGGCCCGGAUACCCCCGGACUCAGAUCAACGGCCUGGCCAACGGAGAGAAUCACCACAACAGAGACUUUACAGAGGAAGUGGUAAACAGGAAGAGGAGGAGCUCCUCUCUCAGGGAGGAGGGAGAAACCACAUUUGUGGCUCAGAUGACGGUCUUUGAUAAGAACAGACGUCUGCAGUUGUUGGACGGGGAGUACGAGGUGUCGAUGCAAGAGAUGGAGGAGUGUCCGGUCAAUAAGAAGAGGGCCACCUGGGAGACCAUCCUGGACGGAAAGCGUAUGCCUCCCUUUGAGAGUUUCUCUCAGGGUCCCACCCUGCAGUUCACCCUGCGCUGGACCAGCGACGCCUCCGAUCGCUCCACUGCACCUGUGGCUAAACCUCUGGCCACCCGCAACUCUGAGACCAACCAGGAGCCCAGACCCAGCUCCCUGAGAGCCACACACACUCUGGCUGUUAAAGAAUCCAUAAAUGCUGACGUGCAAACCAGAAGAGAACUAAUCUCCGCUGAGCCCCGACAGAAGCUACGCAUCCUCUACCAGUUCCAGUACAACCACAACACGCGGCAGCAGACGGAGGCCAGAGACGACCUCCACUGUCCCUGGUGCACGCUCAACUGCAGGAAGCUCUACAGUCUCAUCAAACACCUCAAACUGUCUCACUCCCGCUUCAUCUUCAACUACGUGCCGCAUCCUAAAGGAGCGAAGAUCGAGGUCUCCAUCAACGAGUGUUACGACGGCUCGUAUGCAGGAAACCCUCAGGACAUCCACAGCCAGCCGGGCUUCGCCUUCAGCAGGAACGGGCCGGUCAAGAGGACGGCCGUCACGCACGUCGUCGUCUGCAGACCCAAGAGGACGAAGGCGAGUCUGUCGGAGUUCCUGGAGCCGGAGGACGGAGAUCAGGAGCCGCCGAUCAUCAGCGGACACAACCGCCUCUACUUCCACAGCGACAGCUGCGUGCCGCUGCGGCCGCAAGAGAUGGAGGUGGACAGCGAGGACGAGAGAGACCCCGACUGGCUCAGAGAGAAGACGUUAAAGCAAAUCGAGGAGUUCACCGACGUCAACGAGGGCGAGAAGGAGAUCAUGAAGCUGUGGAACCUGCACGUCAUGAAGCGCGGCUUCAUCGCGGACAACCAGAUGAACGAGUCCUGCCUGCUGUUUACCGAUCGCCACGGCGUCUACAUGGUCAAAAACAACCUCUGUCGCAACUUCCUGCUGCACCUGAUCAGCAUGCACGACUUCAACCUGGUCACCACGCUGACCAUCGACCAGGCCAUGGCCCGCCUGCGCCUCCUGCAGAGCCAGGGCGCUCGCAGGGACAAAGACGGGGCGGCGGGGGAGGAGGAGGAAGAAGAGGAGGAAGAGGAGGACUGGGAGACGGCCGUGGAGUCCCAGCCGGAGCUGGAGCUGGAUCCAGAUCCCGAUCUCGAUCCGAUCGAGUACACGCCCUGUAACGACGAGACCAGCGACGGCUGUGUGGAGAACGGAAACCGGCAGGAGAGCGGAGACGACGCGACAGAAAGGCCGACCAAGCAGAAACUCUCCGACUCGGGUUCGCCUUUAAACUGAAUUCAAACUCCAUCAGAUCCCCAAACAGGAAAAUCAAAAGGUCACUGCAGGGAUUAUGUUUUCAAGGGCAGGUUACAUCCGAUCAAGAUGAACUUUUCUACAUCGAAGAGAUGUUUCAGAGUCAUUUCAGUACUCGGGGAAAGUGAGGAGUUUAUACAAACGUGAAGCUCAGAUUCAUUGUUUUCUUGUUAUUCCACGUCAGACGCUGCAGAUGUGACGGCGCUCCAUCAGUUUCUUGCGUCCUUUUAGUUCCAACAAGUUUAUUAACGACGGAACUGCAGAGCAAGCUCAAAACUAAUCUGCAUUCAGAUUGCUCACUUUAGUUAAAGGAAUACCUCGCGGCCAAAAUGAGCGUUUGUAUUUUAAUAACUCGCCUUUAGAACUAUCCAAACAUUUCUUUACAAACUCGUGCAGUUGAACUUUUACUAUAUGAAACACUCAAACAGUCUCACGCUGGCACAGAGUACGAAGUGUAUCCACAGGUUUAGUGAAGACGUUUGUGAAGUCGUGAUUAAACUGCUGCUUGAGACGGUUUGUAAACAGAUGUUCUGAUAGUUCCAUUUACUUCAACUCAUCAAGACGUGGAGUCGGGAGUAAAACAAAGUAACACGGGCGAGUAAUCGACAUACAAAUGUUCGUUUAUUUCGCGUAUUCUUUUAAAAACAGUCAGUGGGAUUAUUUCCUUUAGUCUUCCUCUGUGUGAAGCACCAAUCAGUGACGUUUCUGCCACGCUCAGCUCCACCAAAGGUUUCUCUUUAUUACAUCCACAUGAUGUCUAACGAGGUCUCUGACCUGAUGAUCAGAGCGGCAACUCACAAGUUCUACAUUAAUCGUUUGGUCUUUAAAUGUCUCGUCAGGCCGAACCCCAGAAACGACUUUAUUAUGACAAACAGAAAAGCAGGAACACAUUUGAGGCAUUUCUGCAAGAAAAAUUACUUAAAUGAUUGAAUUAUGAAAAAAGUUGGCGGUUUUAUUUUUCUGUCUAAUCGUCAAUCAAGUCUCUGAAAUUCUCCAUCUGAUGAACUUAUAUUCUCCAUCAGUAUAUAUAUUGAUAUUUAUUAUAUUUUUCUUGUUUCUAAAUUGUUAAAGUGGAAGAUCAGGAGCGAAGUCGCUGUGCAGUUUCUACUCACUGGUGCUAGAUCUUUUCUUUAUUGCUCAAACACUCCACUGCCAGCACUCGGACACCAAGAUGCUUUGUUGCUUUACAAACACGCUCGUUGUUCGGCGUGCUCCGUCGCGCGGGACGACAAACGCACGUUAAACUUUGUCAUUUUUUUAAAUCCACAAUUCAAGGCCGGAUUAAUAAAUAAAGUGCGUCCUUUUGGGAAGUCGGUCGAGACGUGCCGGUCGUCUAAUUUGGGGAUAAAAUGCGUCUUCAGUCCUCACGAAAAUAGAUUAACUGUCUUAACUUGAGACGUUAAUCCAGGUGCUGGUUCAACUUUCUGUGUUUUUUUUGACUUCAUUGAUGAAUGGAAGGAGUAGUUGCCUUCAGAAGCCGUCAAGUCGUCGCUCGUUUAAUUCUUUUGUGUCAUUUCUCAGCUGGUUCUUCUGGUUUCUCUUUCCUCCUGCCGUUCUGUACAUAAGACUCUGUGAAAGUGUAAUAAAUUAGCUUUUGAAUAACCUGAACGCCACACGGGAGGUUUUUCUUUUAGUUUUACACACCAAAGGGGACGGAUCUGCUGCAGGUUUCUUGUGAACAUUUUCUUUUUGCUGUUUGUAUAAAGAAUAAAAAGAAGACCUGAUAUCACUGCCUUGGAGACAGACAGAAGCACAAUGUCAGGACGCUAGGUUCAGCUCCCUGCUCCACGUGGGACAGAUGGUGUAUCCGCCUGCAGCGGUCAGGACUGGCAUUGACCCAGAAAUAUUUUUCCUUUCUCUUUAAAAGCUUUAGAAGUCUGACGGUGACACACGCUGGUUUGCGGCGGGUCUUCACGUGCAGAGCACUUUUUGUUUUGGAUUAAACCCGCUGUAGAUUUUCUUUCAUUCACACGAGACCAGCAGAAUUUUGCACACUAUGAGAAGAGCCAAUGUCAAGAGACUUUUCUUCAGCAUUCAUGUAAAAAAACAAAACAGCUUGACGUUGUGAACUUAAGUUGAGAGUGGUUUUCUAUUAAAAAAACAAUUUUGUACAAUUA